GCGACGUCAAUUUUUCAAUUUUCUCCUCCCUGAUCCAGGGCGACCAGCGGCCCCGAUGGAGCGGAUCCACGUCGCGGUGCGUCCCCCCGGACGCUCUCCCCGGAGGACGCGCGGGGCCCUCUCCACGCAGCGCUCCACCUGCUUCGAAUUCGUCAGGAUCUUCGGCGAGGGGUGCCGCACCGCCGCCGUGUACAUCGCCGACUCCGCGGUGCGAGGGUUCAACGGUACCGCCGGUGAGGAGGAGCUCGUGUUUGACUACUUCACACCUACCGAUGUAGGUGGCGGGAAUGAGUAGUGCAAACUACUCGUGUGGCGUGCUCUUGUGUGGAACCUAAGCUCAUAUGGCUUCAACUAGCUUUUAGUGUUGAUAUGUGUUACUUUUUGCGCUGCGUAGUUUCUUGAAUCUUUUGUUGUAAAUUAUUAUAAAUUGUUGAAUGCUU